AUGAAUGAGAGUGGGGACGAGCCAGAGCAGCUUGCUGAGGAUGGAGCUAAUGAUGCAGAGAUGCCAGAGAAGAAGAUGGAUUCUGUGAUGAAGAAGAAUAAGAGCGUAGAUUACUCGCAGGUGCUGAUUUCUCAGGCAGAAGCAGUCAGGGAGUGCAGCAAGGAGGAGAUUAGGCGGUUCACCAAAGUUCCAGUGGAGGUGGAGACGCUUGGAGGCGAGCCGUUGGUUUUUAUGAUGUGGGCUACGGAAAGCAAGCCUGUCCAUAGGAAGAGGCAGUUAGAAUCUCGCAAGAGCACGUUUGAUUGUGAGGUGUGUGACAAUGUGUUUGAUACAUCUAAAAAACUGGAAGCACACAUUAAGAGUGUUCACAAGAAGCCUGGCGAGUCUGCCAAGACAUAUAUUUGCUCUGUGUGCGGAAAGGGAUUCGAUGAAGGCCGGAAGCUUGCACUGCAUUCGAACUAUCACAAGCCUUAG